AUGUGGACUUUUCUCACAGAUCCUUUCGAAGGACCAAACUACCACAUCGCUCCUCGAUGGGUUUACAACAUCGCAACACUCUGGAUGUUUAUUGUGGUCAUUUUAUCAGUCUUCACCAACGGCCUCGUCUUGGUGGCCACAGCAAAGUUCAAGAAACUUCGUCAUCCUCUCAACUGGAUCUUGGUCAACCUUGCCGUUGCUGAUCUUGGAGAGACAGUCUUUGCCAGCACCAUCAGUGUGUGCAACCAGUUCUUUGGAUAUUUCAUUCUGGGACACCCGAUGUGUGUCUUCGAAGGCUAUGUUGUCUCAAUUUGUGGAAUUGCUGGGCUUUGGUCCCUAACUAUCAUCUCUUGGGAGAGAUGGAUAGUUGUGUGCAAACCCUUUGGAAAUAUCAAGUUUGAUGCCAUGUGGGCCACAGCUGGAAUAGUUUUCUCCUGGGUCUGGCCUGCAGUGUGGUGUGCUCCUCCCAUCUUUGGAUGGAGCAGGUAUUGGCCUCAUGGACUGAAAACGUCCUGCGGGCCUGAUGUGUUCAGUGGAAGUGAAGACCCUGGAGUCCAGUCCUACAUGGUUGUCCUCAUAGUUACAUGCUGCCUCAUUCCUCUGUCUAUCAUCAUCUUGUGCUACCUGGCUGUGUGGUUGGCCAUCCAUGCUGUUGCUAUGCAGCAGCUAGAUAGUGAAACAACCCAGAAGGCUGAGAGAGAAGUGACCAGGAUGGUUGUAGUCAUGAUCCUGGCUUUCUGUCUCUGCUGGGGACCAUAUGCUACUUUUGCCUGCUUUGCCGCGGCCAACCCCGGAUACGCCUUCCAUCCUUUGGCCGCUGCCAUACCUGCAUAUUUAGCCAAAAGCGCCACCAUCUACAACCCUGUUAUCUACGUCUUCAUGAACCGACAGUUCCGCACAUGCAUCAUGAAACUCCUUGGCAAAGAGACGGAUGAUGAUUCCGAAGUGUCCACAUCAAAGACAGAGGUCUCGUCUGUUGCACCUGAAUAAACAGUCAGUGUUCUC